AUGGCUGCAGGGAGGAAAAGGAACAGACCCUGGGGCGGGAAGAGAGCUAGCCUCUUGCUCUCGGCCCCUCCCUCUCCCUCCCGUCUCUCUCCAGGCUCUCGGACCGCCUUGCUCCUGGCUUUUGCCCUGCUCUGCCUGCCCUGGCCUCAGGGGACUGGCGCCUUCCCGAACAUACCCUUGUCCAGCCUGUUUGCCAAUGCUGUGAUCCGAGCCCAGCAACUGCACCAGCUGGCUGCCGACACCUACAGAGAGUUUGAGCGUGCCUACAUCCCGGAGGGACAACGAUAUUCCAUCCAGAACACACCGACUGCCUACUGCUUCUCGGAGACCAUCCCGGCCCCCACAGGCAAGGAGGAGGCCCAGCAGAAAACCGACAUGGAGCUGCUCCGCUUCUCGCUGCUGCUCAUCCAGUCGUGGCUCGGGCCCAUGCAGUUCCUCAGCAGGGUCUUCACCAACAGCCUGGUGUUUGGCACCUCGGACCGUGUGUAUGAGAAGCUGUAUGACCUGGAGGAAGGCAUCCAAGUCCUGAUGCAGGAGCUGGAAGAUGGCAACCCCCAGGCUGGGCAGAUCCUCAAGCAAACCUAUGACAAGUUUGACACAAACUUGCGCAGCGAUGACACACUGCUCAAGAACUACGAGCUGCUCUCCUGCUUCAAGAAGGACAUGCACAAGACUGAGACCUACCUGCGGGUCUUGAAGUGUCGCCGCUUUGUGGAGAGCAGCUGUACCUCCUAGGUUCAGGGCAUCGCUAUCACCCCUCCACAGUCCCUCCCCUUACCCUGGAAAGUGCCACUCCAGUGCCCACCAUCCUUGUCCU